AUGACUUUGAUGCCACUGGUGGCGUUGGUGUUUCUGGUCGCUGCAGGCUCCGUGCACGGCCAGCUCCGCCCCGCUGACGCACCACCAGCCGUAAACGACACACGCUGCGGCGCGGAAUGCGUGCGUUGCGGCGCGGACGGGUGCGUCAAGUGCGCCCGGCUGCUCGUGUGGCCGGGCGGUAGCUGCGCACACGACUGCCCGACUGGCACGAGGGAGGCGUGGGCGCACGACGACCACCUCAUGGGGCGCGUGUGUUACCCGGCCAACACAUACAACGAGGUGUUGGUUGGUGGAGCGUGUGGGGCCGCGUUGUGCAUUGCCCUUGUCGCUGCAGGCGCGGCGUACGCCAGAUGUCGCGGCAGCUCGCGCGCUCAACCGCAGCCGCUGCCGCCUCUCACGCGCCACGAUGAUGACGCACGACUACGCGAGUUUCACAAGCAACUCGACUGCUUGCGGCCGCACGCUUUUACUCUCCUUGCAAUUCUGAACCACACGCGACAUCAAGUGAGGGAGUUGUAUCAGCUUGGUAAUAAUGACGCAGCUAUGGCGUACAGUUGCGUGCUGAGCGAUCUGGCGAAGCUGCUCAUAUUGUUGAAUAAACAACAAGUGCCUGUUGUUCCUGACGAAUGGCCGAGGCUCGCUAGCUGGGCGGAACGGAUAUUGAAACGCUACAGCCGAAUGAGUGUAGGUCAACAGCAACAAAGUCAACUUGUGAAUUUCUUACCUUCUCCACCGAGUCAAGAGUCGGAUUCUGAAACCACGCAACAGUCAUUUUCCACUUUCAAACCGCCAUCUUACUCACCUACGUCAUUUGACAGCCAUACAAUAGACAAAGAGCUAAAUCAGUGUCAAUGGAACGACGUCAGACCACCGAGCUACUCACAAAUAGAAAGAGAGAAAGACAAUUUUACGCAAAUAGAAAGACAGAAAGAAACAAUCAUCCUCUCCGAUCCGUGGGAGAGGAGACCGAUUGUCAGAAGAGAGAGUGUUUGGCUUGAAGAUGAACUUUUUGAAAUGACGAGGCGGCCUCAAGACGAACUUACCACUGAACUU